UGUCCAGGUCGCUCGGUGGGGGGAAAAAGGGCUCGGCUGUGAUUUCGGGGGUUUGAGUCUGUAGUGGAUGUUUGCGCUUGUCGCUCACCGGGCUGCAUCUUUUCCCCCCCUACACACACAAAAAAAAAAAAAACCAAAAACAUCGGCGAUGGCAGCCACAAAUCGCGUCCCCGCUUCGGCUUAAUAUGCUCCCCGGUGGCGGGGGGCAAGCGAGCUACAGCGGACCAGUCUCAAAAUGACCACCGGCAUCAGUCCCGUCUCCUGCCGCUUCGCAGAUUAUUUCGUGAUCAGCGGGCUGGACACCGAAAGCGGGCUGGAACCAGACGAACUCUCCGCUUUAUGCCAGUAUAUACAGGCUACUAAAUUCAGAGAUGGGGCCAGAGGAAAUUUGGCAGGGGCAAAUGAAGGUGAGAAUUUUGAGCAGAGUCCCCUACGGAGAACCUUUAAAUCCAAAGUUCUCGCACAUUACCCGGACAAUGUCGAGUGGAAUCCGUUCGACCAGGACGCAGUUGGCAUGCUCUGCAUGCCGAAGGGUUUGGCCUUCAGGACGCAGGUGGACUCCCGCGAGCCUCACUUCCACUCCUUCAUCAUCACCCGAGAGGACGGCUCUCGGACGUACGGAUUCGCCCUCACCUUCUUCGAGGAGGUGACGAGCAAGCAGAUCUGCAGCGCCAUGCAGACUCUUUACCACAUGCACAACGCCGAGCAGUACGACAUCUUGCACACGCCCACGUCCCCCCGCGGCCCCGAGGAGCCGCGGCUGCACGGCCAGCCUCGGCCCGUCCUGCACGCCGCCCCCGCCAUCUCCCGCCUGCAGCGCUUCAACUCGUACGACAUCAGCCGGGACACGCUGUACGUGUCCAAGUGCAUCUGCUUGAUAACGCCCAUGGCCUUUGCGCAGGCCUGCAGAAAAGUGCUGCAGCAGCUUUACCGGGCCGUCACCUCGCCCCACCCCCCGCCCCUCCCGCUGGAGAGCUACGUCUUCAACAUCCUCUACGAGGUGCCCCUGCCGCCCUCCGGCCGCUCCCUAAAGUUCUCGGGCGUCUACGGCCCCGUGGUGUGCCAGAGGCCCAGCACGUCGGAACUGCCGCUCUUUGACUUUGCCGUCGGGGAAAUGUUCGACCUGCUGGGGGUGGAGAACGUUCUUCAGUUGUUCACCUGCGCCCUGCUCGAGAUGCAAAUACUGCUCUACUCGCAGCAUUACCAGAGGCUGAUGACGGUAGCAGAGAGCAUCACAGCCUUAAUGUUCCCCUACCAGUGGCAGCACGUGUACGUUCCCAUUCUGCCCGCCUCGCUCCUGCACUUCCUGGACGCGCCGGUGCCGUAUCUCAUGGGCCUGCACUCCAACGGGCAGGACGACCGCACCAAGCUGGAGUUGCCGCAGGAGGCCAACUUGUGUUUCGUGGACAUCGACAACCACUUCAUAGAACUUCCGGAAGAGCUGCCGCAGUUCCCCAACAAGCUCGAGUUCAUCCAAGAGAUCUCCGAGGUGCUGGUGUCCUUCGGCCUGGCGCCGGAAGGAAACAUCCACUCCGGCGACUCGCAGCUCAAGCACGGAGGCCUGCGAUCGCUGGACGCCGUCUCCGACAAGCGCAACGGCAACCUGGCCUCGCCGCUCAACUCGUACCUGCUGAGGGAGAACGUAACCAUCGCCAGACUGCAGGCCCUGGUCAAGAGGACGGGCGUCAGUUUGGAGAAGCUGCAGGUCCGAGAGGACGGCGGCGGCGGCGGCAAGGACGCUCGCUUUCAUUGCGACGACGAAGAGCUGAAGAUGCACCAGCUCAACAUCCACCUGCGCGAGGUUUUCGCCAACCGCUUCACUCAAAUGUUUGCCGACUACGAAGUCUUUGUCAUCCAGCCGAGCCAAGACAAGGAGUCCUGGUUCACCAAUCGAGACCAGAUGCAGAACUUUGAUAAGGCGUCCUUCCUGUCGGACCAGCCGGAGCCCUACCUGCCCUUCCUGUCCCGUUUCCUGGAGACCCAGAUGUUCGCCUCCUUCAUCGACAGCAAGAUCCUCUGCCACGACGACGACGACAAGGAGCACACGCUGCGGGUGUUCGACGCCCGCGUCGACAAGGUCCGCAUGCUGAACGUCCGCACGCCCACCCUGCGCACGUCCAUGUACCAAAAGUGCACCAACAUCGAAGAGGCGGAGAAGGCCAUCGAAAUGAGAGUGAUGAAGAUCGACCACACGGCCCUGCAUCCUCACCUCCUGGACAUGAAGAUCGGUCAGGGCCGUUACGAGCAAGGCUUCUUCCCACGGCUGCAGUCCGACGUGCUCUCCUCGGGGCCCACCGGCAACAAGUGGGCCAAGAGGAGCGCUCCGGCGCAGUGGAGGAGGCGGGACCGCCAGAAACAGCACGCGGAGCACCUUUAUUUAGAUAACGACCAGAGAGAGAAGUACAUCCAGGAGGCCCGGAACUUGGGCACAACCAUCAGGCAGCCCAAACUGUCCAACCUGUCGCCUUCUGUCAUCGCUCAGACCAACUGGAAGUUUGUCGAGGGCUUACUGAAAGAGUGCCGGAUCAAGACCAAGCGAAUGCUCGUGGAGAAGAUGGGUCGAGAGGCGGUGGAGUUGGGCCACGUGGAGGUCAGCAUCACCGGAGUGGAAGAGAACACUUUGAUUGCGAGUCUGUGUGACUUGUUGGAGAGGAUCUGGAGCCACGGGCUGCAGGUCAAACAGGGUAAAUCUGCUCUGUGGUCCCACCUACUGCAUUACCAGGAGAGCAAAGAAAAGAAAAGUGCAACCCCGGCCGGUUUGGGACCGCCAGGUUUUAUUCAUGACCCCGAAAGGCGCAAAUCGGAUGGCGGCGGAUCUGCCAUGCCGCCCCUUAAAGUGUCGCUGAUUCAGGACAUGAGACAUAUUCAAAACAUAAGCGAGAUCAAAACGGACGUGGGCAAGGCCAGAGCUUGGGUUCGCCUCUCCAUGGAGAAGAAGUUGCUCUCCAGACACCUCAAGCAGCUCCUGUCCGACGUGGAGCUGACAAAAAAACUUUACAAGCGGUACGCCUUCCUGCGCUGCGACGACGAGAAGGAGCAGUUCCUCUAUCACCUCCUGUCGUUCAACGCCGUGGACUACUUCUGCUUCACCAACGUCUUCACCACCAUCAUGAUCCCCUACCACGUGCUGGUGGUUCCCAGUAAGAAGCUGGGCGGCUCCAUGUUUACAGCCAACCCUUGGGUGUGCGUGUCGGGCGAGCUGGCCGAGACGGGCGUGCUGCAGGUCCCCAGGAACACCCAAGAGAUCACUUUUGAGUGCCAGAACCUGGGUAAGCUGACCACAGUGCAGAUGGGGCACGACAACACGGGUCUCUACGCAAAAUGGUUGGUGGAAUGCGUCAUGGUGCGCAACGAGAUCACGGGGCACACCUACAAGUUCCCGUGCGGCCGGUGGCUGGGCAAGGGCGUGGACGACGGCAGCCUGGAGAGGAUCCUCGUCGGGGAGCUGAUGAUCCCCAGCGGCGAGAACGACGAAAGGAUGUGCCGGACGCCGCCCAUGCAGCAGUCGCCGGGCAUGAUGAGGAGAUUAGUCACCAUCUCGCCAAAUAGCAAGCCAAAGUUAAACACCGGUCAGAUCCAGGAGGGAGUCGGAGAAGCCAUCAACGGGAUCGUCAAGCACUUCCACAAACCGGAAAAGGAGAGAGGCAGUUUGACUCUUCUCCUCUGCGGGGAGUUUGGCCUGGUCUGGGCUCUGGAGCAGGUUUUCCAGCACGGUUUUAAAUCGCCUCGACUCUUUAAAAAUGUCUUCAUUUGGGAUUUCUUGGAAAAGGCACAAGUGUACUUUGAGAGCGCAGAGCAGCGGGACGGGAACCCGGACGAGAACUGGCAAAGCCGAGUGCGCCACUUCUGCCGCUUCAUGCGCGCCAUCAACAACACGUCGAGAAACAUCGGCAAGGACGGAAAGUUCCAGAUGCUCGUCUGUCUGGGCGCGAGGGACCACUUGCUACAUCACUGGACCGCGCUCCUCGCCGACUGUCCAAUCACGGCGCAGAUGUACGAGGACGCGGCGCUGAUCAAGGACCGCUCGCUGGUCAACUCCCUGAUUCGCGUCCUUCAGACGCUGCAGGAGUUCAACAUCACGCUGGAGUCGUCGCUGGUGAAAGGCGUCGGCAUUUAAACCAAAGCGGCUUCCCGCGCGUCUUCUACCGAUUCAGCGAAACUUUUUUCGAUAUGCAGGAACACGUAAUUUUUUGGCCUAUGAUGAAGAUACUGUUACAUUUGCCAUAUAUUGAAUGAUGUGCAAUGAGCCUUUUAAAAUUUAUUGUCUUAUCCUCGGUGAUGUGGUUUUAUUCCAAACAUUUUUUUUUUAAAUUAUGAACCACCGUUUCCCCACAUUUUUGGCGUUGACCUCGCGCUGCAACUUUUUAUCAAAAUAUUCCGUCACUAUAUUGACAUUUUCAUUUUUGGAGUGAACUGCUGACUGCGGCUGUAUUUUAGGGGGUUGCGGGGUUGAAAACGGUUUAAUAUAUUUUAUCAGAGGAAAAACAGUAUUAUUUUGUAAAAAAUCAGUCAGGUUGCUUGCUCUGUGGGAAACGCUUGAUUCCAUUUUCAUGAUGCAGAGCGGAAAGCAAAUGUUAGAGGUAUGCUUUAUAAGUAUGUAUAUGACGGGGGGAGGGAGCUGGAACUGCGGAGCCCGCAAAAGGAGAAUUUGCCAUUUCCGUGGCAGCUUUUUCUUGGGAAAUGUAUGCAGUUUUUUUUUUAAUGUGAAAUUUCUUCGUACCUCGAGUGCAGAAAAAUGCUCUUUCUUGCAUGGAAAUGAGAUGAUGAAAGAUAUAAGAACACCGUCAGCGUGUUGUCGACUUGAGUUGUGUGGUCCGGCUUUCUGUAAAUGGCUCCAACCGGUCCAUCUUCGACCAUCACCCAUCCCUAUCAGCAUCUCAGGAGGAGGGAAAAAAAAAAAAAACCAGGAUCCUUGACCCCCCUUCUUCUCCUCUUGCAGCCAUCCAUAAUAGGAGCAAACACGCUGCUUUUUAUUGCCCCUCCCACAUGAUUUUGCUGUCAUGGUUUUUAUGCUAUGCAAUUCCCACAGCGGGUCAAUGAAUUGGCCCUCCGAAGCUGACCCCCGAGGUCACCGCGCGCCGCCUGAACUCGCGUGUGCGGAAGUUUUGACGUUUAAUAAAUGACGGACUCCUUUUUCUGUGCCAACACUGUCUUGGGAUGGACUCCUCCCUGUUUGACUCGCACAAGAGCAUCUCGGAAAAGAUAUAUUUUUGUUUGAAAUGGGGAAAAAAAAAUACCCUGUUGUACAUUUCUGAAAUAGCUGUGUAAUGUAGUGUUUACUAAGUGACAGACCAUGUACAGUGUAUAAAUAUAUUGAGAAUAAAAGCAUCUGUAAUGUAAUUUCAGUGAAUUUUGAAAAUAUACGAUUUUUUUGUCAAUAUGUGAAACGUUUUGAUUGUACAUGAAAUAAAAUUGUGAUACUGUUAGCAAAAUAGCAUAAUUGCCCAAAUGGUAUUUUUAUUUUUAGUUAACUCGUCUCAAUUAAAAAAAAAAAAAAUACUAAUGCCCUUAUCACAUCGUCUUUUGUUGCUCUGUCAUUGAGGUCAUCGCAAAACGCAAAUGUUGACUCUAGGCCACCGGAUUAUUCUUGUUUUUAAAUGUGUUAAAAUUGCUUUUCGUUUUCCAAAAACGACUUGGGCAGUAUGCUAUUAAGCU